GUCUAGUCCGUCUGCUGCAAGGCGGACAAAACGACCGCGUGUGGAGCAAGCGGUAGAAGUUAACGGACGACUCACUUGGCCAAACCCAAGGACCCCUACAGCGCGCCACUUGCUUCUUCUUCUUCUUCCCACUCGGUCAUCUUACCUUAAUCAACACAUUUCAUUCUCUUGUAUUUAUUUGUCAUUCCCCCCUCCAAAAUGACCCGUGGCCCGUUGGCGUUUGGGCUGCUGGUGGCUUUGUGCUUAAGCGGCGCGGUCGACUGCAAGACAAAGACCCCAAGGAACCGGGAAAGUAGGCAGAGUGGUCAGUACCGGGUGUAUCCAGAGCUCCACGACCAAUCGCCCGUGACUGCAGCCGGUUGCUCAGAAAACGGUCGCACUUACCGAGUGAACGACCGAUGGGAGAAAGUGUAUCAAGGAAACAAUCUGGUGUGCACCUGCAACGGGAGAGAGGGAAUCCACUGCAGGAGUAAAGUACAAGACCAGAACUCGUGCUACGAUACAACCAACCUCCAGACUUACCGCCUGGGUGAGACUUACGACCGGCCCAAGGAUGGGAUGAUCUGGGACUGCACAUGCGUCGCUGCAGGCAGAGUCAGCUGCACUAUUGCAAACCGGUGUCAUGAGGGAGGAAAGUCGUAUUUAAUCGGCAACACCUGGCAGAAGCCACACCCCACCGGGAACUACAUGCUGCAGUGCGAGUGUCUGGGGAACAACAAAGGGGAGUGGACCUGCAAGCCCGUGGCUGAGCGCUGCAAUGACAACUCUGCCGGCGCGUCGUACGUGGUGGGGGAGACCUGGGAGAAGAGCUACCAGGGCUGGAUGAUGAUGGACUGCACCUGCCUGGGGGAGGGCAACGGACGCAUCACCUGCACCACCAAGAACCGCUGUAACGACCCACAGACCCAGGGCACCUACCGCAUCGGGGAGAGCUGGACCAAGAGGACGGACAAGGGGGAGCUCCAGAGGUGCAUCUGCACUGGGAACGGACGCGGGGAGUGGAAGUGUGAGCACACCAUCCAAGGUAACGCCAUCGCCACCCCCAUCGGGACGCACCUCGGGACGGCACUGGUGACCAGCCUGAGCGUCCACCCCGUCCCCCUGCCCCAGACCCCCACCGUGGGCACCUGCCGCACCGAUUCGGGCACCACGUACCAGGACGGCCAGCGAUGGGUCCGCACCCAGGGAAGCAAGCAGCUGAUCUGCACCUGCCUGGGGAACGGCAUCAGCUGCCAGGACUGGGAUGCCCGAUCCCUAGUGUACGGCGGCAACGCCGACGGCAACCCUUGCGCAUUCCCCUUCACAUUCGGCGGGAGGACGUACUACUCGUGCACGCAGGACGCGCGCACGGACGGACAGCUGUGGUGCUCCACCACCUCCGAUUACGACAGCGACCUGCUCUACUCCUUCUGCAGCGAGAAAUUCUCCAUGGUGCCGACGCGAGGCGGGAACUCAAACGGCGCCCUUUGCUACUUCCCCUUCCUGUACAACGGCCGCAACUACACCGAGUGCACGUCCGACGGCCGUCGCGACGGCAUGAAGUGGUGCAGCACGUCGCCAGAGUACCGGGACGACAGCUACGGCUUCUGUCCCAUGGCGGCCCACGAGGAGGUGUGCACCACCAACGACGGCUCCAUGCACCGCGUGGGCGACAAGUGGGACAAGCACCACGACACCCUGGGCCACCUGAUGCAGUGCACGUGCCUGGGCAACGGGCGCGGGGAGUGGAGCUGCAUCGCCUACACCCAGCUCAAAGAUCAGUGCAUCGUGUCCGGGAAGACCUACGACGUGAACCAGGAGUUCUACAAGCGCCACGACCUGGGCUACAUGAUGAACUGCACCUGCCUGGGACAGGGCAAGGGGCGCUGGAGGUGCGACGCCGUUGACCAGUGCCAGGAACCAGUCACCCAGACCUUCUACCAGAUCGGGGAGAGCUGGGACAAGACGAACCAGGGCAUCCCCUACCUGUGCACCUGCCUUGGGAACGGAGCCGGAGAGAUGACCUGCGAGCCACAGCAGGGAGGGAUCAAUCAUCCCGUGAGGGUCACCAUCUCGGAGGCGGGGCGCCAGCCCAACUCGCGGCCAAUCCUGUGGAACGCCCCCCCCUCGGUCCAAGUCAUCAAGUACACCCUCAAGUGGAGAGUGAAAAACAGCCGUUCUUCGUGGAAGGAGGUGUUGGUGCCGGGGGGGCUGAACUCCUACACCAUCUCAGGGCUGCGCUCCGGCGUGACCUACGAGGGUCAGCUGAUCAGUGUCCUGCGCUCCGGACGCCAAGAGGUCACGCGCUUCGACUUCACCACCAACCACGGCUCACUGGCCAGGUGGGAGGGUGAGACCACGGCCCCACCCCCUGUAGUGGACACCUCAGAGUCUGUGACGGAGAUCACCUCCAACAGCUUCGUCAUCUCCUGGACCUCCGCCUCCGACACCAUCUCCGGGUUCAAGGUGGAGUACGAGCUGAGCGAGGAGGGGGCGGAGACGCAGGCCAUCAAUCUACCUCGGACGGCCACCUCGGUGAACAUCGACCAGCUGCUGCCCGGGCGCCGGUAUAACGUCAACGUGUUCGAGCUCCCCACCGGGGGACAGCCCAACCUGAUCCUCAGCACCUCGCAGACCACCGCCCCCGAUGCCCCGACUCAGCAGUCUGUGGGCGCGGUGGACGACAACAGCAUCUACAUCACCUGGUCCAAACCCUCGGCCCCCAUCACAGGCUACCGGUUGGUGUACGUCCCGGCUUUGGAGGGCUCCAGCACGGAGCUGACGCUGCUGUCCACCGACACCUCCGUGAAGCUGGUGGACCUGCACCCCGCCGUUCUCUACAACAUCAGCAUCUGGGCAGUGGAGGAGGACCAGGAGAGCCUGCCCGUCUUCUUCCAGGUCUGGACGUCGGGCUCCCCCGUCUCAGCGUUCGUCCCGCCCCCGAGCAACCUGCAGUUCUACGAGGUGACCGACACCAAGAUCUCCCUGACCUGGGAGGGCCCUCCGGAGGAGGUGACGGGCUACACGGUCAUCUUCCACCCCAUGACCCCCGAGGGGGCCAAGCAGCCCCUCACGCUGCCCCUGUCCUCGGUGGCCAAGGUGGAGCUCACCUCGCUGAAGCCCGGCACCCGGUACCGCUUCCUCGUCUACGCCGUCAACGGGGCCACCGAGAGCGAGCCCCUGACCGCGUUCAAGACCACCAAGCCCGGCAUGCCCACGGACGCGGAGAUCUCCGAGGUGGGUCCGGACAGCGCCGUGGUGGUGUGGGGCGCCCCCGAGUCCACGGUGACGGGUUACCUGCUGGUGCUCAGCACGCAGGGCAACGUGCUCUACUCCCGCAAGGUCCCACUGGACGUGACCCGCUACCACCUGACGGACCUGGAGCCUGAGACGGAGUACACCGUCACCCUGCACUCCCACCUGGACCAGGAACUCAGCCCCGAGACCACCAGACACUUCACCACCACUCCCCAGACGGGCACCUUCCCCAACUUCACCCCGGACUACACGGACACCUCCAUCAUCAUCACAUGGUUGCCGAAGCCCAGGUUCAGCUACAAGCUGUCGGCCCAGCCCACUCUGCCGGGCCAGUCCGGCACCACCCCCCGACCCGCCACCUCCGACAGCGGGGUCGUCACGGUGACGGGCCUGACCCCCGGGACCGAGUACACCUACAGCCUCCAGCCCGUCGUCAACGGCCGUAACCAAGGCAAACCGUUCAACCAUAACGUCGUCACCCUGCCCUCGGCCCCCACUGACCUCAGUGUCCUGACCAACCCCAAUGGCCUGAGCUGGACCGUCAGCUGGAGCCGCUCCAACACACCAGCCCUGACGGGUUACCGUGUGACGAGCCACGGGUCCUCGGUCGAGGGCCAGCGCAGAGACACCCUGGAGGAGCUUGUGGGUCCGGACCAGACCUCCAUGAACCUGGAGGGCCUGAGUCCCGGGGUGGAGCACGAGAUCAGCGUGGUGGCAGUGAAGGGAGACCAGGAGAGCAAGCCAGUGUCCACCACCGUCACGCCAGCCAUACCGCCGCUCCGCGUAGACUUUGUGGACAUUACUGACACCACCAUGGGCCUGCGCUGGACCCCGCUGACACACAGCGCCGUCACGGGCUACCGCAUCACCGUGGUAACCGUGGGCGGGAGCCAGCCCAUCGUGCGUGACACGGUCGACCGGUCCACGGGCCGCUACACGGUGGUGGGCCUGGAGCCCGGCGUGGACUAUGACAUCAGUGUCGCCACGGUGACGGAGAACGGCGAGAGCACGCCGGUCACACACACAAUGCACACGCAGACGGGCGUCCCCGCUCCGGAGAACCUGAGGGUCGGAGGGGUGGGCGCCGACCACAUGAGGGUGACCUGGGCCAUCCCCAGCGUGCCCACGCCCAGCCAGAUCUCCCGCUUCGUGGUGCGCUACCAUCCGGUGGCCAGCGACGAGGACGUGAGAGAGAUCAACGAGGGCGGAGCCACCAACACCGUCCUGCUGCAGAACCUCCUGCCCUACACCGAGUACCACAUCAGCGUGGUGGUUGUGUUCGGAGACCGAGAGAGCGUGCCGGUCACAACAACACAGAAAACCACCCUGGACUCCCCCACCGGUCUGGACUUCUCUGAAAUCGCCACCAAUUCCUUCACCGUCCACUGGGUGGCGCCCACGGCCGUGAUCAGCGGCUACCGGCUGCGCUACGAGCAGGUGAACAACAAGCGGGUCAGGGAGGAGCGCCUGCCCCCAAGCCGGAACCACUACACCCUGACCACCCUGGAGCCCGAUACCGAAUACCUGGUGUCACUGUUCGCCGUCAACGGCCGCGACGAAAGCCUACCUCUGACCGGCACUCAGGGCACUACCUCGGACGCCCCCAGUGACCUGGCGGUGGUCUACUCUGAGCCCACCAAGAUCAGCAUCAGCUGGGACGCCCCCUCGGCCCCAGUGAGGUACUACAGGGUCACCUACGGGAGCGAAGCUGGGGAGACCCCACAGGAGUUCACCCUGCCAGGCAGGGAGACCAACGCCACCAUCACCGGUCUGAGCUCGGCCACCGACUACACCAUCACCGUGUACGCCGUCAGCGGGCGGGGGGACAGCCCCUCCUACAGCACCCCCGUCGCCGUCAAACACACCACCGAAAUGGACAGCCCUGUGGGCCUGGAGGUCACCGGGAAGACCACCAACUCCCUGACCGUCCGCUGGAGCCCCGCGCCGGGCCCCGUCUCCGGCUACAGGAUCUCCAGCACCCCCGAGAACCAGCCCAGGGACACCUUCUCCGAGGUCCUGGGCCCAGCCCAGACAGAGAGGACCAUCACUGGCCUGAACCCGUCCACGGUCUACACAGUCCGGGUGUUCGCCCUGGACAAGGACAACAAGGCCUCCCCGCCCGCCGUGGAGACCGCCACCACUGACAUGGACGCCCCCAAGCAGCUGAGCUUCUCCGACGUGGACUCCAACUCCAUGCGGAUCUCCUGGGCCCGUCCCAGCGGGGCCGUCUCCAAGUACCAGGUGCUGUACUCCCUCCCCGGGGACCGUGAGCGGGAGCUGCGCCCGGCCCCCCGCCCCGACCAGAGCACCGCGCUGCUCCGCGGCCUGCGACCCGGCACCGUGUACACCGUCAAGGUCAUCGCCUACCAGGACCGCCGCCCCAGCCGCCCGCUGGUGGGCUCCCAGGCCACCGCCAUCCCCGCUCCCACGGACCUGAAGGUGGACUCCCUGGAGGCCACCACGGUGGUCCUGUCCUGGCGCGCCCCCGACUCCCAGCUCACGGGCUACCGCGUGGUGUUCCACCCCAAGGACAGCUACCAGGGGCCCGCCAAGGAGCUGAACCUGGCCCCCGACACCACCAGCGCCACCGCCAGCGGCCUGAUGGUGGGAACCACGUACAUUGUCCAGGUGUUUGCGCUUCAAAACACUCUCUCCAGCGAACCAUUAACAGAAGAAGUCACCACACUGCAAGAAGUGAGCGCUCCGCGACACGUCGUCGUCAGGGAGAGGACAGAGAACUCCUUCACUCUGGUGUGGCGAACCAAGAUGGAGCCCAUCUCCGGCUUCCUCAUCAUCACCACGCCCGUGGACAGAUCCAGCGGCCCCAUCAGGGAGGUGGUCCCGGGAGACAGGAAGCAGUUCACCCUGACCGGUCUGCAGCCGAACACGGCCUAUGAGAUCGCCAUGUACACGCUGAAGGGGGACGCGAAGAGUCCCCCCUACAUCAUCACUGAGACCACAGCCGCGCCGGCGUUCCGGCCCCCGACCAACCUGGAGUUCUUGUCCUUGACCCCCACCAGCGUGUCCUUCCGCUGGCAGCCCCCCUCCACCCGCUUCAGCGGGUACUUCGUCACCUACGAGGAGUCCGGCGGACCCCCACGCGCACUCAGCCCGUCCCCCCACGCUGGCCAGAACUACGCCACCAUCCACGGCCUGAGACCCAACACCCGGUACCUCAUCAAGAUCUACGCCGUGCAGAACCACCGGAAGAGCCCAGCCCUGGAGGGCAAAGUCAACACCAAAGUGGAGCCCUCGCUUAUCCCCACCAGCCCCGAGGAACCCGACACCUCCGACAUCCUGGUGACCUCCAGCGGCCAGCCGGGCCAGGACGGCCACGGCCAGGGCGUGGAGUACGAGUACAGCGGUACCGGCGGCGGCGGCACGCCCCAGCCCCAGCGCGAGACGCUGGUGCUGCUGCCGCUGCCCGACCGCGACGGGAACCGCAUCCCCGUGGUGGAACCCCAGCUGCCCGCUGUUAACCCGUAUGCUUUCAUAGAGAGGUCCACCGGGCUGCCCCAGGAGGCCCAGACCCGCACCACCGUUCGCUGGCCCGCCUACCGCCAAAGCACCGCCUACCUGGUCACCUGCCGCCCGCCCUCCCAGAGCGGGGAGACGGAAUUCCAGAUGCGUCUGCCCAACACCGCCACCGGCGCCACCCUGGUGGGCCUGAGCUCUGGGGUCUCCUACAACGUCAUCGUGGAGGCACUGAGGGGGCUCCUGAAGGAGAAGAUCCUGGACACCUACAUCACCGCCGGCAACUCAGUCAGCGAAGGCGGGGCCUCUGGCAGCGACUCCUGCUACGACGCCUUCACGGCCACCACCCACGAGGUGGGCGCCCAGUGGGAGCGCAUGUCCGAGACGGGCUUCAAGCUGUGGUGCAAGUGCCUGGGCAUGGGCAGCGGCCACUUCCGCUGCGACUCCUCCAAGUGGUGUCAUGACAACGGCCACAACUACCGCGUGGGCGAGAAGUGGGACCGCAAGGCCGACAACGGCCACAUGAUGAGCUGCACGUGUCUGGGCAACGGCAAGGGCGAGUUCAAGUGUGAACCGCAUGAAUCGGUGUGUUACGAUGAGGGGAACUCGUACAAUGUGGGCCAGCAGUGGCAGAAGGAGUACGAAGGAGCCAUCUGCACGUGCUCCUGCUUUGGGGGACAGCAGGGCUGGCGUUGUGAGAACUGCCGCAAGCCGGGCACAGGGGUGGAUGCCAGCCUGCUACAGCCGGUCCGCUACGGUGACAACAACCCCUUCAAACCGAAACUACACUGUCCCAUCGAAUGUCUCCGACCAGACCUGCUGGCUGACGCCAUCCACAGCCCCCUGGAGUAGAAUCACUCCCCCCCCCCCCCCAUCAUCGUCAGUUCCCCGGGUUGUCAUAGCGACAAGCCUAACACACUGAAACUGUUGCUCUGCUACUCUUAUCUAGAUUUUCUGUUCUACGUUUGCUUUGACUUUCCAUCCCUAGUGCCUUUCUCGUCAUUGCACAGCACCUUGUAUUUCACUGCGUUUCUGUGUUCUUACCUUUUCUGAGAGCAUGUCGCUCUAUUUUAUACUCAUAAAUCUCACCAUUUUUAUGUAUUGUGGCACAAAAUAUGAUUUCUUAAUGGCAGCGUACAAGCUGUCCUAAAUCAAGCACUGUUGUGCAGAAUGUGGCUGUAAUAAGCGGUGGAAUGUACAUGGAAGUGCAUGUUUGGUUCAUGGCCUCCCGUCUCUUAGUAGGGAGGAGCUAGAAGUGUGUGUGGUGGACACAAGAGUGAGUUCGUUAUGUUCCUCAGAACUAUUUUUUCUAAUUUAUCCUUCCUGUCACUGUGUGUGUGAGUGCCUGUAGUGGGGUGUGCAAGAUUAUUUUUGUAUUUUUUUGUACUGCUCCUGUAACAAGAAUCUGAAUUUAAUAAAGCUGGACAGAUUUAAA